UACCAGUGGCUGUCGUGGCACGACCAUUUAUUCAAAUGCGCCUACAGCUCUGUGUCCCGCGCAUAAGUCGAACGUAAAUUUUAGCUUGUCCACACACGAUCAUCGACGCGAUCAUUUUGAAAGAUGUGCUCCUUCUGGUUGACCACACUUCUGAUCUCUCUCCAGGCCCAACUGGACGAGAUCAACCACCACGCGGUCACGCGUGGCCCGGACCUCACGGUUGGGCUGGAAUACCAGGGGUUCACGUUUGUACACAAUCUGCUGGCGAUAACCACCGCUGCAGGGCAGCGGGGAACCGCUUCAUCUUCACCGACGACAUCUCGUCUUGCUGAAACAGAAAGUGGAAGUAGUACCAGCAGCGGCAACAUCGCAGAUGGAACAAGUGGAACAGAACAACCACCACCACCACCAGUUUCCUCCUACCCGCAAGGCGUAAAGCAGUUGCUUCGCCGGGCCAACCGCGCGGCCAACAGCAUCGAGCCGGAGUUUGCGGACGCCAACGGCCAGCCGAUCUUUUACGAGGAUGCGGUCCUGCUAUUCAACGGCGAGAUCUAUAACUACCGUGAACUGCUCUACGAACACGAGUUGCCGAAUCCGGGCGCCACGGAGGGACAGGUGCUGGUACAGUUGUACCGGAAACUGGGACCAGACUUCGUCAAGCAGCUUGACGGCGAAUUCGCGUUGGCAAUCGUGGAUUUUCGCCUCCUACAGACGGUCUUCGCCACCGACGUGUUCGGCACGAAGCCCCUGUGGUUUGCGGUCGGCAGGGGCGCGACGAGAACGGGAGGGGCGAAAGCGGGCGAAAGUGGAGAAAGAAAAAGUGCCGGGGGAGAGACGAGAACGAGGAGCAGGACCACUCUUAGUACAAGACCAUCGAUCCAUAUCGCCACCUACCGCAGUGUGUUGCUGAGGUUGAUCGAGCAGCGGAGAGCGGACGCAGUAGAGUCCCACUCCUCGUCACAGGAAAUUGAAGAUGCUAAAAGUUCUGGCGCUGGUACUUCUGGAAGUGGCACGAGGACAUCAGGCGAGGGUGGUAAGGAAGAUGCAGAUUCACCGGAUGAUGAACUACAUGGUGAUGGUCUUGGUCAAGUGGUGGAUUUCCAAGAGUCCGAUAUCCAGCACGCUGAGCCGAAUCGCGUAGUCACCUGUCCGUUCACCGCGACGGCGGACUCGUUUCAAACCCUCUGCACCUUCUCCACGGUGAAGGAGUUCGACUUGCGGCAGCACAAGUCCGACUCCAGCGACUUUGAUGCCGCCUUCGAGCGCGCGGUCUACAAACGCGUGCACGGCCCACCGGGGUCCCGGUUCAUUCGGGUCUUCAUGGGGCUUUCCACGGGCUACGAUUCGGGGGCGAUCCACCUGGCGCUGGGAAAAAUGCAGCGGUUGGAAGGCGUCACAAAAGACACAGGAAAUGCAAAUGACUUCGGGAAACAAGUAAAGAUCAAAUCUACAAAGGAUGUGGAUGCGGCGCAAACGAAGUCUUCUAGCGCUGGCGGCACUGCAGCUUCCAGUCGAGCAAGCAAAGAGGAAAGAGAGUCUUCAUCUCCCUCCAUCUCAACUAAUUCUGCCGGCAUUGCAGCUACGUCCUCCGUUCUCGCCGGCGGCAAAAUCUUCCCGAACGGGAAGCAACGGGAACGACUGCAAGGCGACGACUUUGUGGCCUACGUGAUCGUCGACGCCGCCUUCCGCGAAACGCUGAAGCAGCGGAUUGCCUACAACAAUGUGAACGUGAAGCUGAUUUCUAAAACGUGGCAGAAUUUCAAGAAGGAGCUGAAUAUCCUGCGCAAAAGUGUAAUAAGUCGCACGCGUAAUAUUUAUACGUAUUAAAUUUAAAUGCCAGUCUUGCAUGACAGAUUUGGUCGCUCUUACCUGAAUCGGCACGACAGGUUUCACUUUUUCUCUAUUUGGAAAAAAAAGACAUGAUACGUAUUGGUAUUACGAUUUAAUAGCUAUUGUGCACUGCAUACUGACAACGCUGCAGCAAAAGACCGAGGAAUACUUCUACGAUGGCGGCAACUGGGCGGGCAAAUCGCUCCAACAGGACGCGUCUGCCGCGCCGGGGAUAUCCCUGCUGACCAAACUCGCGGCGGAGGACGGCCGCAGAGUCUACUUGUCCGGCAGCGGAGCCGACGAAAUCAUUUCCGACUACGGGUUCAAUGGCACAAAGUUUUUUCCCCACAGCUCGUUCGGCGGGCGGUUUCCGCCGGACCUGUCCAGCGUGUUCCCCUGGGCCAGCUUUUUCCUGGGCACGAUGCGCGACUACUUGAUGAAGGACGAGAUCAUCGCCGGGUUUCACGGCAUCGAGGGCCGGUACCCCUUUCUGGACUUCGAAGUGGUGCAAGAAUUUCUGUGGCUCCAGGACUCCGUCAAAAACUCGCAGUACAAGAGCGCACUCGCCCGGUACCUGCAAAAACACGCGUACCCGAUCGCCUUUGGCAAGCAGGGGUUCGGCGCCAGCACAGAUUUGAAAGUCUACGACCCGCCGAAUGGUCAAAAUCUUGUUCAUCCCGGAGCUGGUGCCGUCGUGGAGCUAGAGCGUGUGACUGCAGCCGACGAGCGCGAGCGCGACACAGCUGCAGGAGAAAGUACAUCAAGUAGCUCUACUUCUGCAAAUAUUCAAGCUGACGACGCGCCAACUGGCACUGGUUCUACUGCUGAGAUGCUUUUAGACCCGGCGACCACUUCCGCCACGGCUACCAAGCCACCCACCGGCGACGGUGCUGUCACCUCCACGUUCCUUCAGCCCCCGCCGCAGUGCGGCGAGAACAUGUACUUCGUGGCGCUCCGGAGCCGGUUGACCGCAAGGGUACUGGAUGGUGAGGAAUUUGGCUGUGCCAAUGAGAAUAUCAAGCGCGACCGGGAAAACCUUGUUUACAUUUUGUGGCACGACUUGCAGAACAUGGUCACGAACCUGUUCGGGGAAAAACGCUUCAAGCAGGAAUGCGCGAUCGGGUUUUUCACGGCCCGGCUCCUGAAAACCGUAAGUUUAGUGGACAAGAACAUGCUGGGCUCGUUGGGAGAACAACAUGAUCGAUCUUCUCCCACGCCGCACAGAGUCGAUGACAAAACCACUGCAGCCACGAGGACUUCUUCCUCCACUUUCUGGGACGGGCUGCACAUUGAGAUGCCAGAUUUUCGCCUGAAGCACGUGCAUUUCGGGAACGAGGAAAGAUUUGUGGCGGUGAUAGAGGGCAAACAACUCAUGGAUUCCAACGAAAUCUGGCACCACGACCAGUUGGGCGUAAGACUGCCGCCGCUCGUGGCGGAGGGCGGGAGAAGGAGGAGAAGGAAUGAUGAUGAUGAUCGACCAGGAUUUAUGUUCUUUCAUCGAAAUCAUCACGCAGAUGUCGUCGGCGAGCGCGACAGCCACAAAAAUUCCUGGUCUUCCAUUUGCACCUCUGGUUUCCCGGUCUUCCGCGUGCUCCUACGCCUACCCCAGUUGUACGCAAGUGGCCAGAUGAUGGAUCACGACAGCACGUCGUCAACAGAUUCAGAUUCUGAGGAGCUUUACCAGCUCUUCGUCGGGAAGUUCGAGGCGUUUUUGGCGCAGGAGCUAUUGCAACAUGUAGGAACAACUUCUUCUGAAGUGCGAACAAUCAUAAGCAACGCGGAUGGUGGAUAUCGCUACCUUCUUGCAGAACUGCUGCACAAAUUCGAUUCCGUGUUCGAAUCCUGGAUCCAGCAGAACGAGGAAAAUUUAGCACAAAUACCCUCCGUUGCGGACGCAGUUGACACAGUGCGAAGACUCACCACCUCCUCGCGACUCUGUGCACGGGAGGAGAGAAGGAAUCAAAACACGAUGGACGAGUGGAAAACUGCAGGUGAGAACCACGAAGAGAGGCGGACGUCGGGCCAGCCUAGUACGGAAGAACAGCAAGACCGCGCAAACAGUAUGCGGUCCUUUGAUCCUGUGUACUACCUUUUUUGGAUGAACACGCGAAGUCAGAUUUUCCUGUCGGAGUUCGAAACGGCAGACGCCGACGUUCAUGGUGUUGACACGAUGUUAACCGGUGCAGGGCCCUCUAGUGCUGGAACACCUUUUCUUUUGAAUGCUGUCGAAUUCUCCCUGGAAAUUCUCGACUUUGUCCAAACAAUCUCAAACAGCUGGGUCAGUCUGAGUCGCGCCAACCAAAUCGUGUCGUUCUGCAAUCAGUUUCUGCAUAUCAACUAUGCCGAUGGCACUUGGUGUGAUGGAUAUUGACCGAGGGACGUGGCCGGAGUGGCUUCGCCUUCCUGAU